AUGUCCCACAUCGCCGCCAGGAAUGUGACCCAGGACUUUGCCCCCCCCUUAAAAGCUGGUUGUUGUUCCUCAUGCAGGCACAUGAUUGAAACGCAUGAAAACAUUGCUGGGAAGUUGGUUUUCUAUCAGACUGAGGGGAAUUCCACCUAUGUUAGAGACACAGGAGAACUGGCCUCAGAAGUUCCCACAGAGACACUGUUUGAACUCUUUGAUCCCCAAAAGAAUUUCAGCACAGCAAAGUUCACCUAUACAUGGGACUUGGGGAACGGGGAGGUGAUCCAGGGGACUGAGCCAGUUGUCCGGUAUCAUUACUCUAAUUCGGGGAACUACACUCUGCGGCUGAAAGUAGCAGUCAAUGUGACAAAAUACACACCUCCAAUCACUGGGGACUACUCCAUGGAUGUUAAAGUGCUUGAUGCCAUCAAACACAUCGAGCUGAAGGGACCUUCAGAUUAUGAGAUGUCACAAAACACCAGUUUGUCUUUUCAUGUCGAUGGAAGCCCUCCCAUGUGGGUGUGCUGGCGUUUCCUGCCCAACUGUGUGCCGGACAAGUCGGGGGCCUGCACACUGACCAUGCUGUAUGAAAACACCCUACGACUGAACCACACUUUCACCUCUCCUGGCGUCCACUGCCUGGACAUCAGCGUCCGCAAUGACAUCAGCAAGUUGCAGACCUCCAUUAGCCUCUACGUCAGGAAAAAAACUAACACCCACAUGUUCUUCAUCCUGUCAUGUGCUGCCAUUCUUGUCGCCACCUUCUCUUUCAUCACAGUCAUCGCCUGCCGUCCUCGUAAUCAAAGCAGUUCACAGAUUGCAGCUUCCGGAAAUGCUAUAUUUCUGAAGAACCAAGACUCUGAUGGUCAAAGCAGUAUUUAUUUUAACUUCUCCAAUGUGGACAGAGAAGAGAAAGAGCCGCUCCUCUUUCAGUAUGGGACUCAAUACUCCUCUUAACCAUCACAUUAUUUGUGUUUGGUAGAAGAACAUGUACAAUUAUGUACAGAGGUACAACUUACAGAAGUAAUAGCAAUACUCAUUUUCCAUGAUGUAGAUGUAUAUAGCUAAAUCAGAUCAUUGCACAAUAAAUAGCUUGAUAAGGCAUUUUAAUAAAUCACAUUUGCAGUGUAUAAACAGUGCCUUUAUAUGUAUGUACAUGUGUUUAGUCUUGCUAUGCUCACACCUUUUGAAAUGAAUGUGUUAGUUAUGUAUAUUCAGUGAGCUAGCAGGUCAAGUACCUUCUGUAUUUUCCAUAAUUGAGGUGAUAGUGAUCAAUUAUUGAGUCAAAACGCUUAGGCUGACAUUCAAAUGAACUCAUAAUAAAUUAAUAGCUCAAGUG